CCCCUCCUGAGGGCGCCGCCGGCCGGGCCAGGCUGCGGGGCCGGCCGCUGCCUCUGGGGCCGGCGCUCCCCUCGGGCCCUUCCCGCGCAGCGCUGGCCGGAGCCGAGGCCGCGGGGGCGCGCCAGGUUGCUGCGCAGGAGUCCCUCGACGGACGCCCGGAGGCGUGGCGGGCCGAGCGACCCCAGCGGAGACACGUGUCUUGGAACUUCAUGUCACCAGCUCCCAACGCCGGGGACCUGCCAGACAGAGACACUUGUGGAGAAGGAGCCACCUUCCAGACGGCGGGGUGUCCCCAUGCCGGAUUAUAGCAAACUGCAGUCUUCGUAGCAUCCUUAAAAUGAAAUAGCACAGACCAGGCAAAACAGGCUUAUAAGACAACCGCUGACUAGAAGGGGCAACCAAGACCUCUGAUCAAGGUGGGAGAUUCUUCGGCAGGAAAUAGUCCAGUUUGCCAGGGACACAUCAAGUUCCUGUGGGCCAGAAGAUGGUGGAGUCUCUUGCCCAGCUGCAAGAGGAAAAGAUGCAGCUGCAGCAAGAAUUGCUUUCACUGCAAGAGAAACUUUUUGUGCAAGAGAGCAGCCAGUAUUCUCAGACUGUCCACCUGCAAAAUCAGAUAGAAUGUUUGAAGGAAAACCUCAUGGAGCAGGCACAGGAAAUGAAGAGGCUUCAUUCUGAGUUGGGAAGCACAGAUUUGGAGAAGCAUCGGGAUCUGCUGGCUGCAGAAAAUUUGUGCCUAAAACAAGAGAAGAAGCUGUGUGAGGCAAAACUGCAAGAAUUCAAGAAGCAGCCUAUGAAAUGUGUUGAUUGUGAGCACAACCAGGAGAACAAGAAAUUGCAAGAAAAGUUGGCCCAGCUGAAGGAAGAAACGGAAAAGGUGAGAGGCCGUUUGUCUGAGGUGGACCUGGAAGUGGAGCAGAAAACCAAUCGGCUGGCCGAGGUUGAGCUGCGGUUGAAGGACUGUCUGGCAGAGAAGGCAGAUGAGGAGGAGAGGCUGUGCCGGAGACUGCGGGAGAGUCAGGAGACAAUAGCCAGCCUCAGAGCCCAGCCUCAGCAGAUCAAGUAUGUUGUCAGAACUGUGGAAGUGGAGUCCUGCAAGACCAAGCAGGCUCUCUGUGAAGCUCAGUCCCGGAACCAGUAUUUGCAGGAGCAGGUUGGGAUGCAGAGACAGGUGCUCAAAGAGAUGGAACAGCAGUUACAGAACUCUCAGAAGACAACCGCUCAGCUCAGAGCACAGGUUAAGAUGUAUGCGUCUGAGCUAGAACGAACUCAUGAACAAAUGCUGGAGGAAAUGCAGAGCAUGGAAGAGGACAAGAACAAAGCCAUUGAAGAAGCAUUUGCACGAGCACAGACAGAAAUGAAGGCUGUGCAUGAGAACUUGGCAGGAGUGCGGAAAAAUCUCCUUACACUCCAGCCAGCUCUUCGAACUCUCACUAAUGAUUACAAUAACCUGAAGCAACAAGUCAGAGAAUUCCCCACUCUGCUUGAAGAAGCCCUGCAGAAUGCAAAGGCUGAGGUUGGGCAAGCUAUCGCAGUGGUGAACAACACAAACCAGGAGCUGCUAAGAAAAUACCGCAGGGAACUGCAGCUCCGGAAAAGAUGUCACAAUGAGCUUGUGCGACUGAGAGGAAAUAUUCGAGUGUUUGGCCGAGUCAGGCCAGUAACUAAAGAGGAUGGAGAAGGGCCGGAUGCUGCCAGUGCAGUGACUUUUGAUCCUGAUGAUGAUGCUGUCUUGCAGCUUAUGCACAAAGGGAAGCAGGUGUCGUUUGAACUGGACAAGGUUUUCCCUCCAGCAGCAACGCAAGAAGAUAUCUUCCAGGAGGUUCAAGCCCUGGUCACCUCGUGCAUCGAUGGUUACAACGUUUGUAUUUUUGCCUAUGGGCAGACUGGCGCUGGCAAGACCUACACAAUGGAGGGAACUCCUGAAAACCCAGGAAUCAAUCAGCGGGCUCUGCAGCUUCUCUUCUCAGAAGUGCAAGCCAAAGCUUCAGCCUGGGACUAUAAGAUCACCGUCAGCGUGGCAGAGAUAUACAAUGAAGCACUCAGAGACUUGCUCAGAAAAGCGCCUCAGGAGAAGCUGGACAUCAAACUGUGCCCAGAUGGCAGUGGGCAGCUCUAUGUGCCGGGCCUGACCGAGUUCCCUGUACAUUGCUUGGAAGAUAUUAACAAGGUCUUUGAAUUUGGGCACUUCAACCGCGCUACGGAAUGCACCUGUCUAAAUGAGCGAAGCUCACGUUCUCAUGCCCUUCUCAUUGUCACAGUGAGGGGAGUCAACUACAGUACUGGAAUACGAACCACAGGAAAGCUGAAUUUGGUAGACCUGGCAGGUUCUGAGCGGGUGGGGAGAUCCGGUGCAGAGGGAAGCAGGUUGCGUGAGGCUCAGUACAUCAACAAGUCCCUGCUAGCCUUGGGAGAUGUGAUCUAUGCCCUCCGUUCUCGCCAAGGCCACGUGCCUUUCCGCAACUCCAAGCUGACUUACCUCCUGCAGGACUCUCUCAGUGGUGACAGCAAGACCCUCAUGAUGGUUCAGGUAUCUCCUGUUGAGAAGAACACAAGCGAGACGCUCUGCUCCCUCAAGUUUGCAGAGCGUGUUCGCUCUGUAGAGCUGGGCCCUGGUUCUCGGAGGACAGAAUUUGGCUCUUGGUCCAGUCAGGAGCACUUGGAGACAGACUCAUCAGUCUCCGCACAGCCCUGCAUUCGAUCACAGUCUUCUCCUCGGACAGGGCGAUCAAGUUCACUCCGAUCAAGGCUCCAGACUUCAGGGAAGCUGAAGCCAGUAUCUGUGUGACAGACAAACUGAUCAGAGAAAUGAUUGAUUCAGGAGAAGCUGAGAAAUAUUUUCUGAGAGAUUGCCCUGCCCCUGCUCUUCACCUAUGUCAAAGCCAAUGUGGACUGCGAUGACUGCUGCAGUUAAAACAAAAUUUUGGCAUAGCAAAGAUUCUCUGUCGGACACACCCACAUUAAAUGAUAAUGUGAAGCCUCUCUGAGAUGCUCCAUCUUUACUAACAGUGCAUAGUCUGGACUUGGAUAGAAAUGGACUUGAGGAGAUAGUCGAUCCCUUAUGACACUGAACUCUGUCACUGUAUUAGAGCGGCUCACGCCACACACAAAAACAGCAAAAUAAGACCAUUCGCAGAAGCUGAGUUUUCUUCCUAUUCUGGGAUUCCUUAGGUAUACGAAGAAGUUGUAAAGUAACUAAAAGUGGGAAUAAUAUCCUGAUGAGGUGUAGGUAUAUUCUAGGAUGCACAGAAUGUUACGAUCUAAUGCAAGCCAAUCAAAGGAAAAAACAGAGGGAUACUGGAAAAUUGGCUGGUGAGAGGUUUGCGGGGAGAUGGGGCUGUAUUUUCCUCUGAAGUACCUUACAGGACUUUUAAUUAUGUUACAUGUAUUUUUAAAUGGACACUCUCCAAGUCUUUUUGCCCUUAACUUUGAUUUUUAAAUGAAUAAAGUGAUACCAAGAUGGUGGGUUUAGUA